AUGACAGUUGAGUCACGAAGUCGCCAUUACUUUUACAUUACUUCGCCAUUACUUCCGCGGACUAUUCUACGGCUCUACACAAAGCAAAAGUUUGGCAUACCUGAUGAAACCAGUGUGUAUUUAUUGGAUGAAACCGGAACUGAAGUGGACGAAGAUGUGUUUGGUGAUGUUGUAGAGGAGAAUCCAGAAACGACUUGGAUUAUUGCUGGUGAACAUUCUGUAACAGACUCCCCUGCGCGAUCCUUCUGUACUGACACAGCGUCUGUGACAUCACAAUCAUCCGAUUCAGAUGCAUUCACAUCACCAAAAAGGCUUCGGCAUGAUGACAGCACUUUAGAGGCUAAAGAACUUGUCAAAAAUGUUUUGGAGCACAAACCGGGAGGAGAGAGAAUACUUGAAGAAUACCAACAGAAAGGUGAAGUAAAGGAUCAACUUAGACGAAAGCUGGUCAACAUCCUUGUUACUGACAUGGUGGAGAAACAUGGGAGCACUCCACCAAUGCCAAUUAGGACCAAAUAUGCAAUGGGCAUUGUUGCCCUUUUUCCUGCUUUUAAAGAUCCGUACUCUAAAAAAGGAUAUGAACAUUUUUUUGAUGAAGGUAGUAAUGAAGGUUACAUCGCCUGGAAGUUAAAGAACAUGCAGCGGGAACUAGGCCUCGGCAAGAGAAGAAGCUGCUCCUCACAGAACACCAAACAAAGGGGACCAGAAGUUGAACGAUUGGUGGCCACAGCGGAACAGUUGGAUGGAGACCAGUGUUUAGAGGCCGUGUCGCUCCUUAAGCACAGCACUGAUGAAGAGCAAAUCUUCAUGAAGAUGAAACAAACCUUCCAGUACAGACAAAAACUGAUUCGUGAUCCUGAGAAAUCCAGCACAGUGUUCAAUGUUUUUCCCAGGUUCCUCAAUAUCAAGGGAUUGCUACUCGAAGAUUUCAAAUUGCUUUUUGGAGAAGAGACCUCAUCAAAGCUUUUGGAAAAGUGGGGGACAUCACUGAAGACCAAAGUCAUACAUCAAGCUAAAAGCCUCACCAAGACACCUACUCUUGAAUCUCUGAUAUCUGCUGCAGAGGGGCACCCAGAUGAACACAUUUUAGAAUGGGAUAGUGACAUGUCCUCACUGCUGCUGCUGGUGUAUCUCCUGCCUCCUCCACCUGGUGGCAAGAAAAGAGCUGUAAAGAUUGGUGUCCGGGAAGCUGUCGAUCAUGUGAUAAAGUUUCAUAAGUCGGGUCGCAGCCUUCAGGAAGCGACCAGUGAAAAUGGGAGACAGCCUCACAUCUUGGCGAUAAACUGGAGAUAA